AUGUCAGCCAAAUCACGACUACUUGUUACCCUACUUCUCCCUUUAUCCUCAAGCUUGUGCCAUGUCCCUUCAACCGGGGCCGGGAACAACUCGUCCCAGCCAUGCAAGGCCACACCAGGCUCUGCGUCGUGGCCACCUGAAGCAGAUUGGGCCAGAUUCAACCAGUCUCUUGGAGGAGUGCUUCUCCGACCGUCUCCUCCUGGAGCUGUCUGCCAUCCGGGACAGCCAACCUACAACGCCGAUCAAUGCGCAACUGUCGCAACCGCCUGGACCACCUAUGACUUCCACUCCAACGACCCAAUCUCCAACAUGUGGAACCAAUACAGUAAUGACUCCUGUCUUCCUAAUGUCACUUAUCCGUGCAGCCCUGCAGGAUAUCCUGCCUACGCGGUAAACGCGACCACCCCGGAGCAUAUUAAACUCAGUUUCCAAUAUGCUCGAAAAAAGAACGUCAGGGUUGUAGUCAAGAGCACUGGCCAUGAUUAUCAAGGGAGAUCAAUAGCUCCCGGCGCUCUGACAAUAUGGAUUCAUCACAUGCAAGGGCUGCAGACACAUACAUCGUUUCAGCCCAAAGGGUGCAAUUUCAGCAUCGAGGGUAAUGCUGUUACCGCGGCUGGUGCAACGCAAAUGGGGACUCUCUAUGAAGAGCUUGACAAAAUCAACCAGACUGUCGUUGGAGGGGGUGGUAAAACAGUGGCUGUGGGAGGCUUUAUCACCGGCGGCGGUCACUCGAUCUUGGCACCGCGAUAUGGACUCGCCGCAGACCAAGUCCUAGAGAUAGAGCUGGUCACGCCUACGGGAGAGUUCGUCAUUGCAAACGAGUGCCAGAACCAGGACUUGUUCUGGGCUAUGCGAGGUGGUGGCGGGUCAACCUUUGGCGUUGCGACCUCCAUCACAAUGUCCACGCAUCCAUCGCCCAAGAUUGUCAGUCUAGAUAUUGUCUUUGCCUCGUACGAGAUAGGGGCCGCUUGGUUCUGGGACAUGAUAGGCUACAUGCUAUCGCAGUAUGCAUACCUAGACUCCAAGGGUAUCUCGGGCUACAGCUUCAUCUACCCCAACGUCUCGAACUCGCUUGAUGGGGGCAAGACACACGUCUCUGCAUUCGUCGGCAGCUUCAUCUUGCAAGACACUCAGAACACAGGGGAUGUUCAGGCCAUCUGGAAACCCAUGGUAGAUCAUAUCGAAGCCGAGUGGCCGCAAACGGUCCACGGCAACACAUCCGUAGCAUAUGCCUCGUUCUUGGAUUGGUACGGUCCCGGUGGCCACUUCGAUCAGGGCACCGCGGGCGCGGAUAUAUACGUUGGCUCGCAUCUUCUCAACUCCGGCGCCCUCACAGACCCUUCUGCAACUUUGCAGGCAUGGAAAACAUUCUCCUCGGUCGGAGGAAGUGGUAAUGCAUACCUGGUUGCCGGCCAUGGGGUCAACAACGCCAAGCCCAGGGGUGGAGGCAAUGCAGUUGGCCCAGCUUGGAGAAAGGCCCUUGUCCACGCAACCAACGGAAUCGCAUUCCGCCCGCUAGACCCAGCGGCCAGAGCGAAGGCUCUCGUCGACGUGAACGCGUCUGUCGAGCCCCUGAGGAAGCUUGCACCGGACAUGGGGGCCUACGUGAACGAGAACAACCCUGCCGAACCCGACUGGCGUCACAGUUUCUGGGGCGAUAACUACGAUCGGCUGCGCAAGAUCAAGAGAGCUGUGGACCCACUGGACACGCUCUGGUGCCACCCUUGCGUUGGGAACGAGCGUUGGAAAGAGGUCGGCUAUGAAUUGUGCCGUGUGAAGGGCUAUGAGCUGUGA